AUGUCAUUUAGCUCUUGUUUUGAUCCAGAAAAAGCUAAAAGCUUGGAUAUCACUAAUCACCUUAUUCAACACCACUGGUUUCUCAUUAAAACCACACCAGUACGAGCACUCCACAAACACCAAAUGACGAAGGAAUAUUGUCUGUAUGUAUAUCAACAAAUUGUUUGUAAGUAUAUCAUUAUCUUCUUAGCAGAUAAAUCAAUACUACCUGUAUCACUGCCUCAAGAAAACUCAAAUACAAAGAAUCACAAGGAGGGCUUGUUCUUUUUCCUUGGAGGCUUAUUCUUGUUCCUAGUAGUGCUGAUUAUUAUUUUUGCAAUCCGGAAAUUUAUCAGACCGACAGACCUAGGAAGGUGUGUGAAACGUAAAGACAGCUGCAAAGCUGCAAAAAAGUACUUUUGUGGGAAACUUGAGACGAUAAGAUAUUUUAGCUUUCGAACAUUAAAGGAAGCAUCCAACGACUUCAAUGAGUCUAAUCUUCUAGGGAAAGGCGGAUUUGGGCCGGUCUAUUUGGGUAAGUUAAAAGAUGGGAGGCAGGUUGCUAUAAAGAAACUAUCUUUUGAAAAGUCUCAACAAGGAGAGUCAGAGUUUCUUGCAGAGGUGAGAAUGAUCACAAGCAUACAACACAAAAACCUGGUUCGCCUUCUUGGUUGUUGCUGUGAAGGACCUCAAAGGGUACUUGUAUAUGAAUAUAUGAAAAACAGGAGUUUGGAUCUCAUAAUUUAUGGAACAAAUAACCAAUAUCUGAACUGGAAUACACGGUUUCAUAUAAUUUUGGGCAUUGCUCGGGGUAUACAGUAUUUACACGAGGAGUCACACCUUAGGAUUGUUCAUAGAGAUAUUAAAGCUAGCAACAUCCUAUUAGAUGGCAAAUUUCAGCCAAGAAUCGGAGAUUUUGGCUUGGCAAGGUUCUUCCCUGAGGACCAACCUUAUCUCAGCACCACAUUUGCUGGAACAUUAGGUUAUACCGCCCCUGAAUAUGCCAUCAGGGGUGAGUUUUCAGAAAAGGCCGACAUUUACAGUUUUGGAGUUCUGGUUCUUGAGAUCAUUAGCUGCAGGAAAAAUACCGAUCUUACGCUACCAUCAGAAAGACAAUACCUCCCAGAAUAUGCAUGGAAGCUAUAUGAGAGAUCAAGAAUGAUUGACCUCAUAGAUCCACGAAUGCAAAAGGACGGAUUUUUAGUAAAGGAUGUUAUGAAAACAAUCCAUGUAGCUUUAUUGUGCCUUCAGCCUCAUCCAGACAUUAGGCCAGCCAUGUCAGAGAUCGUGGCAAUGCUAACUUGGAAGGUUGAAAUGAUCAAAUCCCCAAUAAAACCGACCUUUCUGGAUCAUAGACGACGAACAAAUGAUGAGAAGGUUUCUUGGGAAACUAUGUCGGAUGGUUUUCCUUCUUUAGAAACAGAAUCCCCUUCAUUGACUCAACCUCCAAAUUCUCGGGAUUUUGAUGCCAGCGGAUGCUCGUCUAUAAAAAGUGAUGGAAUACUUAUUGUAUGAAAAAUGAAGGUUUUGGGUGACACUUUUGCAGUCUGAUCAUUGAGUACUUAUCUCUAAUGAUUCACUAAGCAAUAUUUAAGUACUGCCAAUAGACUAGGUUAAACAAGUUAUGAUUAUUGGAUAGACUUUGGUGAAUUUUUCUUUGUAUUAAGGGUAUAAAUAAACCAUUUCAUUAUUCUUGUCUUCAUUGAUUUACACCCAAAUGGGUUUAUGUAAAGAACAAUGUUAUAUCUAUGUAUAAAUUUAUAGCAAA